GUGCUCGAGUAUAUGAUAUAGCAGAGUUAGAAAAAAUUCUCAAGCGAUCAAUUACAUUACUGGAUAUUACUUAUGGUACUAUCUUUAAUAGUAAAAAAUACCGAUCAGGUAAGUAUGAAGAAAUAGAGAUGGUAGUUCAUAAUGGCCAUGCAUUUCCAAGAAACCAGCAUUUUCCAAGAAAUCGAAUGGUUGAAUAUUAUAAAGACGAUACUUGGGAAGCUAUCAAUAAUGCCCUUCAAGGACCUCAAGCAAUCUGGCUUAUGGGAAAUAUAAUUAAUGAAAAAAAAAGAUCGAUUCUUUUAGAGUCUCUCAAAGUAGUUGAUUUAGCAGAACAAGUAUUUGGAGCAAAUCACGCUGGAAGUCGAUUGGCCAAUGAGAUUAAUAAGUGGUAUCCAAUAUCUGAAAAAAUAAAUGAAAAUAUAAAACGAGCCUGUGUUGAACAUGGGCAUGGUGGGCGCUGGAAUACACCCAAUUAUCACAUUAAUGAUAUCAUAUGUAUUGAUAUGAAAGAAUGCUAUCUAGCAAGUAUGCGAGGCCAAGGAGAAUGUACACCAUGGUUUAAUCGAUUUGGGCAUCCAACACAUCAUCUUGUCCAAGUUGCAGUAAAUGGAAAAUUGCCCCAAGAUGAUAUUACUGGAUUUGUACAAAAAAAUGAAGAAAAACGACUUACUCAUCGUCUUGUAAUGGAUGAAGGUAAACUUGAUUUCUUAAUAAAAGAUUGUACAGAUGCUGGAACUUUUGCUGGAAGAGAAAGAUGCCCACUCGGAUUUAUACUUACAUAUUUUGAGGGUCAUCAGCCUCAGUACACACAUCUGCAGGCUUCAAUGUUAGCAUAUGCACAUAUUAAUUUGUUAGAGAUGCUUUGGAGAUUCGAUCCUAAUGAAGUAGUAAGGAUUGCUACAGAUUCUAUAUAUGUACAAAAAGAGGCAUUAUAUAAGAUCGAAAAUAUACUGGCAUUCUUCAACCAAGUUGAGAUAAAGCAUUGGGAAUCGAUCAAAAAUAUUACUGAAAGUACUGCUCCAUCAAUUCAUGAUCCUAUUACAAGAUCUCAAGUUUCUUAUCUUAAUGGAGGAGGAGGCUCUGGAAAGACAACACGUGCAAUCCAAAUUUUUAAAGACAUAAACAUGCUCAAACUUGGCAUAGCUUCUUUAGAUGGAAUGGCAUGGGAGAAUGGACGCCCGAACCGUGCCGAUUAUUAUGAAGAAGUCUUGACUGAUUAUCGGGCUAAAUGUCCUAAAUUACGUGAACUCAAAAAGGGAAUGUGUCGUAAAAAUAAUCGGCUAGUAAAAAAUGAUAUAAUACACUUACCCUUAAAUACACUUUCUGAUAAAUUCUUACAAGGCAUGUUAGGAAAAGAAAAGGCUAUAGAUUGGGAAUUUGGAUAUGCAAUGACCAUUUAUACCAGUCAGGGAAUGACUCUCAAAGCUCCACAACGAGUUUGGGUUAUUGAUGAACAUUUGGUAUGGGAUAAUCUAAUAUAUCUCGCAGUUGGUCGUGUAGAAUAUUUGAGCCAGCUUAUUCGGAUUGAAGGUCCCUCAUUACCUCCUGAGAUUGAGGAAGCAAAAAAUAAGAAAGCUAUCGAACGUUCAUUGCGACCGUUUAUUUCUGAAAAACUCGUAGGAUAUAUGGAUCAAGAUAAGAAAAAAGGUUGUGAAUUUAACUUAUCUGUUGAUUAUAUCCUUGUAUUAAAAGAUUUGCAAAAAAAUAAAUGUGAAUUAUGCCUCAAUAAAAUGUUGUGGGAAUGGGAUGAAGCUGGAAAUCCUGAUCAAUGGACGUACCUUAAUUUCGCCUAUGUUAUGGCUUUUCGAAAUGAUUCCCUUAUUGUAGCUAUUAUCAGAUCUUCUCCAAAUUUAAAACAUUUUGAUAUUUCUGAUAACGAUAUCGGAGAUGAGGUUGUUGAAGCAGUAGCUAGUACAUGCUAUGAAUUGGAAUAUCUUGAUCUUGGAGGGUGUAGAUUCAUUAUCGAACCAUCAGUAUGUAAUGUUAUUCAAUCAUGUCCCAAACUUCAGCAUCUUGAACUUGGAUUUUGUGAAAUUUCUGAUAAAACCAUUAAAGAAAUAACCUGUUCGUGUCCUAAUUUAAAAUAUCUUGAUUUGGAUGGCUGUGAAAAAAAUGUUAGUAAGAAAGUUGUAAAACGACUUAAUCCGAGUAUACAUAUUGAAAAUUACGAUUCAUCAUAUGAAUGGUCCAAUUCUGAAUCGUCUGAUACUUCUGAUUCUGAUCCGAUGACAAUACACAGAGCGGGAGGUGAAAACACAUCUAAUGAACAGAAUCUAGAAGAGAAUCCUAUGAGCUCAUAUCUGCCUCCACCUAAUCCAAUCUUUACCGGUAUAAUUGAUAAAAAUCUCCCACAAUGCCCUGAAUGUGCAAUGGAAAUUGAAUCUAUUGAUUAUACACGUUAUUCUGGUACUUCUGAACCUAGUUCACAGGAUCGGGCACAGAAUACCUCAGACCCAAUGCAAAUUUUGCCACAAAUGGCACAAAUGACAUCUAGUCAAAACCAGAAUACAGUAACCUCAGAUACAACUCAUAGUUUAAAUUUCCCCUUAUCAGAUUUCUUACCAUUUUCAGACUAUAUAAAACAGAGUCAAAAAAGACUAAGCGAAGAUACUACUAAAAAUAAAUCAUCCAAUAAAAAACCAAAACAGAAUAAAAAAAAAGGCGAUAAAAAAAAUUCCAAUACUGUAAAAAAACUUAUUACAGAAUUAACAUCCAACACCUCUGAACAAAACACAGAUACAAUAACUUCUUACCCAGAUAUUGGUAGAGUUAUGCGAGUCAAUAAGAAAUGGUAUUGUGAAAGCCGAGCAAUGGUUCAAAAACGUGCUGAUAAAAUAUUUGGAAUAUUACUUACAACUAAUUAUGAUACGAAUUAUAAAUUAAUGGAUGUACUUCAUAGCUUUUGCAUAAAUUUUAAUCUUGAUUUAGAAAAAAAAUUAUGGGAGUCUCAUGACUAUUUAAAAGAUCAGAAGAAAAAAAUAAAUAAAGAAAAAGCAGUAAUCGAUAAUUUAUUAGUGCAUUAUGAAGCAGACCCACACUUUAAAGGCUUAUUUCCUGAUUGGCUA